AUGUCUCAAGUGGUUAUUGAGCCAAUGAGCGAUGCACAUUCAACACCAACAACCAAACCUAAUACCCACCCAAUGGAUCUCACAACUGUGCAGAGUAGUAGUAGUGACAAGCAAGGAUCAACAACAACUUCUGAUCAUCAGCGAUCAUCUUCCACUACGACAACAACACCACCGCAACAAGAAGAAACAAUUCUUCAAGUCAUUCUUCUCGGUGAUAGAAAUCACAACAUCAAACCAGCAAUUUUAAGCACGCAGCUCUUGCCUCAAGAGACUUCAAUGAUGACAAUUUCUGAAAAUGGAAAUAAUACUUCUUCUUGCAGUAAUGACUGUAUAGAAUCCAAUGGUGUUGGUGAACAACAACAGCAAUUGCGAUCAAAAACCGAUUCACCAAAUUCAACACGACACUAUCAUCAUCAUAGAGGAUCCUUUCAAGUGUUGGGAUCAGCAGGAGAACCAAAUCGAGCAAAUUCCAGCACGUCACUGGACUCAAAUUGUUCAUCAGCUUCAUCAACCACAGAUAGUGUGGAAGCGUUUUCACCACCCAGCAAUGGUUUACCACAAGUGGGAUCACCAAAAUCGCUUCCAACCAUGAUGACUCAGCAACACAAUAAUCCAUACAAUUCAAGCAAAUUCAUUUCAACGUUGACCAUGAAUUUCAACCCUAAUGCACCUUCGGGAAAUGCUGUCUUGCUUCUUUCACAAAAACAAAAUCUUUUUGAUUCCGUCAUUUCUAAAAAGAGUACGAGCUUACCCGAAUUUUCGUCACACUUGCACAGUGACAAUAGCUCAACGGGAACGGACUAUGACGAAUUGAGCGGAAGUGAACUCAGUGGUUAUAAUGACUUGUAUAUUGUUCGAAAUGUGAAUACUGUAAAUAUUGAAGAUUUAAUUCAAUGCAAGGAGGGAAAUGCCAACAUGUUGGACUCGGAUCUUGUCUUUUUAGAACAUUUGAAAAAAGUAAGAACCAGAUAUCAAUCGCUAUCGGACCGUCUCAUUGAAUCUGAGAAUUUUUACGGUGGAAGUGAUGAGAUGGGUGGAUCACUCUCCAAUUCUCCUCAACUCUUGACACCACAAAUGGUUCGUACACCUCCAACAAUGAAUGCACAAGAUGAAGCAUCUUCUCAGCAAGCAACAGCUCAAACUUUCACAUUUUCGUCACUUGAAGCAUUCACACAAUCUUUCAAUGCAACAUGUAUUGAAUAUUGUCAAGAAGAAUUGAAAUUUCUGUAUUCCAUCAUGUCACCAUCAUUGGAAAGCGUCAAGAAUGAAACAACGACUGCAAAUCACUCACCUUCUUCGACUAUCCCAUCCAACUCAACACCUCUUCAAUCCCUUCCAAUUUACAUUUCUUGGAAUUCAUUGAAUAUCGAUGAACUCAAAUGUAGCUGUAACGUUUUGAAAAAGAUUUCUGUUCUUCAACACGACUUUACCCUCACUGAAAAGAUGUUCAUUGCACAAAAUUUGGCACUUCCAGAUUGUUUCAAUUACAUGUUAUUCGAUAACCCAACGAGAUCUCUCAUUGAGCAAAAUAAGGCAAUUGGUAGAUACAAGAUGAAUUAUAGUAUUGACAGUGAUGCAAGUUCACCAGAAACAUCGCCAUCAACGAAUGAAAAGAAAAAGAAACGUUUUAAUUGGUUUGGAGGAUCAAAGAAGAAACAACAACAACAACUUUCGAAUGCUGUCGGACGUGGAGGUGGAAAUCCAAUCACAGACAAGUCCAUGUAUUUACAGGUCUAUAUUGUCUUGUUGGAAGUUGCAGAUUCUCGUCUCAUUCAAAUUCCAUCAGGUUUUGAACAUAAUGUAUUUAGAUCUGCCAUUGCCAUUGGUAAUUGGUUAUUAGAAUGGAAUGAAUAUUCUCUCAUUGUUCCUUCUCGAAAGUCUCCUCAUGGCACUCGUCUCAAUCACAACUAUCAUUACAUUCCUCUUCGUAAAAUUGAAGGUGAAAAUGUAGAAAAGGCACUCAUCAAACUCUCCAAUUUAUGUUGCUUAUGGAAUGGCAAUUUUGUGUACGAUUUAAAGAAUUGUAAUCAUCAACAUUUUGUGAGGGAUGUUUUGGAAUUGUUGGAAUCUGAAAAUUUGUUUUCACCAUUACCUGUCACUGCCACUCAAGCAUCAUUUGUACCUCCAUUGCCACCAGUGGGAAUUACCAAUCCAACUGGAAAUUUGGCAUCUUCGAGCCCCAUUCAUAUAGGAAAUUCACAUCGUGAUCAUGGCAACACUCCUGAAAUUCCAAUAAGACUUUUCGGAACGAGUGUUGAAAUGUUUUUGCAUCGAAUCCAACGAGAUGGUUAUUCCUCAAUUGCCUUUUAUACCAACGAAGAAGUGAAAGAAGUAUUAUAUGGAAAGAAGAAAAAGACAACAUCCUCGUCGACUCCAACCAAAACGAAUAACCAUGGCAUGGGAUCAUCUCCUACAAAAUCUACGAUGGCUGGAAUUGUUGCCUCUCCUCCUCAAUCAGCGACCUCAACACGUGCAUCUAUUAUUUCCACAGCUACUACUUUUUCGAAUACUACUGUCACUUCGACUUCUUCUUCGCCUGGAGUCAUGACUGCAGGUUCUUCGAUGGUGUGUGACAUGCCUCCAUCUCCACAACUUUCAUACAUCAAUAAGAAUGGUACAAAUGCAACAAUUUUCAAUUGGAAUGAAAAAGAUUUUAUUACAUUUAAAGAACAUCGAGAUGUGGAUAAUUUAUAUUUUCAAAUUAAGAGUGCUUUUGGUCAAGGUAAUGAUUACUUUAACAGCUUUGAAGGUCAAUGGGAUCGUUGGUUGUUACAAUUAUUUGACCGAAGUUUCUGGGUUCGUGUCACACAAUCUAAAAAACCAGUGGAUAGAAAUAGCAAAGAUUAUCCACUGACCAAACAAAAUGCAAGAUUGACUCUCCAUAAAGAGUCAUUAGAACAGCUUAGUCAAUCUAAGCAUGUUGUCACACAAAAAGGAAACGUACUCGUUCAUUGUAAGGAAGAAAUUAAUUGCCCAUUUAACCCAGAAGCUUUGAGUACCAUUGAGAUUGAUAUGAUGAGCAAACUGGCAGAUAGUUCAUCCUUGGGCGAUUAUGAACCUUCGGUGCCCUAUCGACGAAAUUGGAUUUCCACGUUCAAUUUAACAACAAAUAAUCAACAACAAUAA